UCUCUCUCUCUCUCUUUCUCUCUCUCCCUCUCUCUCUCUCUCUCUCUCUCUCUCUCUCUGUCUCGCUCUCUCUGUCUCUCACUCCAUUCCUCUGGGAUCUGCAUCCUUCUUGCUUCUUCUCACAAGUCAGAAUGUGUUUGUAAGUACGGGCUGAAAGUCUCCCUGUGUAUGUUUGGGUUUCCUUGGCUCUUUUUGUAUGUGUGAGUGACUGGUUGCCGACUUUGGUGUGACUGAGCAGAGCAGUGGGAAGUGCAUGUGGGUCUCUGUCUCACCCUCACACACUCGCCGGUCCUCUUGCAACUCUUCUCGGGAUCACUGGAUCCCUUCCGACGGUGACAGGCUCCCCACACCAAGCAGUCACCAUUUCUGCCCCCGGGAGACCCACGCUGGCAGCGCAGCCCCUUCCCCGACUCAGCAUCGGGAGGAAGACCCUGGUGGCGGCUGCUGUAGGGGUUAUGCUGGUCCUGGUGCUGGUGGUCCUCAUCCCCGUGCUCGUUAGCUCUGUGGGUACAGAUGCCAGCCACUACGAGAUGCUGGGCACCUGUCGUAUGGUGUGCGACCCCUACCUGAACAAGGGAACUCCGGCCAGCAGCACCAGCUCCACCGGUCUCCAGGCUGAGGCAGAGGCAUUGAGCGACCACAGCAACGUGCUUCCACCCUCCACCUUACUGCAGGGCCCACAGGGGAAGCCUGGCAGGCCAGGCAAGCCCGGACCACCCGGACCACCGGGAGAACCGGGGCCACCAGGACCUGCGGGGCCUCCUGGUGACAGAGGGGAUCAGGGAAGGACUGGGAUUUUGGGUCUGGGGGGGAACGGAGCUAUCAGCACGGCUACCUACAGCACGGUGCCUCGGGUGGCCUUCUAUGCGGGGCUUAAGAACCCCCACGAAGGCUACGAGAUCCUCAAGUUUGACGACGUGGUCACUAACCUCGGCAACAACUAUGAUGGCAUUUCGGGCAAGUUCAUCUGCAGCAUACCAGGCACAUACUUCUUCAUCUACCAUGUGCUGAUGAGAGGAGGGGAUGGCACCAGCAUGUGGGCAGACCUCUGCAAGAAUGGCCAGGUUCGUGCCAGCGCCAUUGCCCAAGACGCCGACCAGAACUACGACUACGCCUCCAACAGCGUCAUCCUCCAUCUGGACGCAGGGGACGAGGUUUACAUCAAACUGGACGGAGGCAAAGCCCAUGGAGGAAACAACAACAAGUACAGCACCUUCUCUGGCUUCAUCCUGUACGCAGACUGAGAACAGACAGACGCAGAGACAGUCAGGCAGGAAGAGGUCGAGAGAAAGAGUUGGGGGUCGGGUGGGGGGGGGGGGGGGGAUGUGUGUGUUAAAAGCUGGAAUGCUUUCUAGUUUUCCUAAUUCUCUCCAUCAUCACGGACACCUCUGCUUCGUAUCCAUCAGCCGAGACAUCCUCGCUCUGUAGCCGAGCCUGGAUGCAAAGCUCCCGAGGACACACUUGAGAGGGGCCGGGCGGGAGGAGUGGGAUGUGGGGUGGAGGUGCGCUGGGUUUUUUUUCUACACUCCUCGCCACAAUGCCUACGUGUCAGAAGUUACUCGCUUUCAGUGUCUCUCCUCUUCAACCCUGCUCCAUUGCACAACAACAAUGAAAACCCUGCAAAGAAGAGGACGAUCUCAGCUCGUCUCUCCACCGCGGCCACAGUCAGCUGUUCUGUCAGAGGACUCCAUGGACUGAACCUCGUAGUGUUGUUCCGUGCAAUUUUCCUUAAAAGUGUAUUUUUAUUUUGUAGACAUGCAUACAAUGCUACACAAAUGAGAUUAAAAGAAAAAAAGAGAAUAUAUUUGUCCCCUGUGAACAUAUCCUGUUUGACUGAGAGCAGAUGUGUGAGAUGUUAUUUGUGAUGCAGCUCAGGCAUCGAACAGCUGGAAAAGAAAUCUUUAAGACUGAGUAUUUCAUGGCAGUGGGUGUUUUUCUUCAUCGCUGGAUACAGCAAGGUAACUAUAUACUAUUGUUCAUGUGGAGAAUAACAAUACAUUCUGCACUGUUUCCUUCUAAUGUAUCUCAUGUAGACAACAUCCUUACCACGAACCACCUCACACUGUUUGAACACACACAAUGUCCUGCUGCUGUACGGAUUAAAAGUAGAGUUCAAAUGGUCUCCUCGAUUCUUUAGUUUUAUGUAGAUGCUCUACUCGUCGACGCCGCCAGCCAUGUGAUGAAGCCCAAUCUUCAGACUCAGAGGUAACCUAGUUGAAGACUUUCUUCUUCCUUGCUGCGCUGACCUCCGAGUAUUCUGUAAAAAAAAGCUUCUGAAGCGGAGGGCGUGGGGGGGGGGGGGGGAGUGAGAAGUGAGUGAGGGGGGCGUUCAGGCACAGUAACAGUGAGUGGGCAAUUUUUCAGUUUCAGUGUCUGAGAACUUCACUGGAUGUCAUCCAUUCAUUAGCUGCAUACUCACUGACACACAGGCAUUAUGGUAAUAUUUACUCAACAUGGCGGCCUGACAGCUUGCUUGAGAAUGAAAUUGAUUGGGUGAGUGACUUGUUCAAUCAUGACUGCACGUUUGUGUAUAUAUGUGUGUGUGUGUGUGCGCGUGUGUGUGUGUGUGUGAGUAUGUGUGAGUCUGUGCAUACCAGUGAGUGUCUGCAUUUUAGCAUGUGCCGCACCAUCGCGACAUUGUUCUUUUCCAGAGUUAUUCUGUGCUACAGCCAAUGACUUUCCUCAGCAGCCAAUGAGAUUGUGCUCUGUAGGGUGGGGGAGCCUCUAUAGAUGUGACGAGAAGAGCUUGUAAAUGAAAUCUAUGACAUGUUUGUCUAUCUUAUCUUUUGGAAUUGUUGAAUACAUUUAAAUAAUAAAUGGGAUUUUUUGAGUGA